AUGAUUGUGAACAAUUCCUCACUUUACUAAACAAAAACACAUUUCUGCUUCCGGUGGGAAAACCCUCUGCACUUUUUUAGUUUUAUUUCCAUUCCCUCAUGUGUCUUGUUAACAGCUAAUAGUAAGCAUUGAUCAUUGAACCCAAUGUCUUUCAAUCUUUGGUGUCCUAAGAAUGUUUCUGAAAUGUCUUUGUCAUUUAAAGUUAAAUUAUGAAUAUUAAUAGAAAUAUUUGGACAUUUUAGCAGCUGCAGCUGGGGCAACAACUUCAUAUUAUGGAGAACUUAUAGUGGAAGGAGAGGCAGCUGUUAAUAUUAGUAACUACCUGAUAUUCAAUACAUACCCCAUGAAUCUGAAUGGAACUAUAACUAUAGUAAGCAUCAACAUCACAACAGAUUGCACCUUCUAUGGAAGCAUUUUGUCUUGUAUAUGUAUGCCAGGUUUCAUUUGGAGAGGCCCUAUAUGUCAGUCACAGCAACAAUGCUGUGCUUCACAGUCAACCUGCAAUUUUACAGCAACAUCUGACACACCAUCAUGUCUACCAAAAAACACAGUGACUAUGGAUGGAUCUCUGACUUUAAAUGAAAAAUUCCUACCAGAUUAUAACACCCCAUCUUCUUCUCUUUAUCAGAAUAAAUCAACAGCUAUAAUACAAAAGCUCACUGCCGCUUUUAGUAACAUCAAUGGCUUUGAAUGUGUGAAUUUCACUGGGUUUCGGAGCGGAAGUGUAAUUGCUGACUUUAUUGUAUACGUAAGUGGAUUCUUUAACACUUCGCAGCUUCAGACAUUGAUUUCUGCAGCGGGAUCUUCAUUAAAUGGCACUAUAGCCAUAAACACAACAGGUAUUGUGUUUAUGGAAAUUCCUGACCCUCCAUUGAAAUAUAAUUCAAAUGGUACACUAGUUUGUUCAAUUUAUGAUGAUUUUGAUAGUUUCACAUGGGAAAUAAGCAUAGAUCAAAAUGUACGGCAAAUUUUAAUUGGUACAGAGUGUAACAUUAGUUUCAAUAAAACAUCAACAACACUCAACUUACUAAGUGCCACCCAGGCCUGGAGAGGAAAUUAUACUUGCACCUUUACAAAAGGAUCAAUUUCUCACAAAGCAAGUGCAUUUAUUGAUAUAGCACUUCUACCAGACAAUAUCAAUAUGACUGUAACGCCAAGUUAUCCAAACUGCACUAAACUUCCUUCUGUAAACUUUAAUGUAAGCUGCUCUAUACAGGAGUCAACUGAAAACUAUAACGUAACAUGGAACAUUUCUGGAUCAGUAAAAUACAAUGUCUAUAGUCAAGUUCCAGUCUAUGGAAUACAAGGAAACUUAUUGUGCAGUGAAAAUUCAACAACUCUGGUGACAUGUACAUUUACAAACAGAUUAGGUGAUAGCAUUUCUCAAAGUAUCAAUGUUUCAGUUAUUUAUGAAGAUGAUAAAACAUGUCAAGUGAACCCCCCAUGCCCUGAAGGGAAGUACAAUACAAUGGUAGUUGUGCCUUGCGAUCCUGGAAAAGUGGGACAAAAAACAUGCAAUUGUAUAAAUGGAAGUUGGGGUGUUGAAGAUAAUUGUAUCAACCAAGAAUUACAAAAUAUCCUUAAUACUGUUCUGGAUUUUCAAAAAGGUAUUGGAAACCCCGAACAAAUGGCUGGACAAUUACUGCAAAAAUUUAAUAAUGUUAGCAUGACUACUUCUUCAAUCAACUCCACGGCAGACAUUGCUGCUUCUAUUACAUUCUUAAAAACCUUAACUGAUGCUGCACAAUCUUCUAAUGCUUCAUUUGGUUCUGGCAUUCUUCAGUUGUUCGUAAAUUCAGCAAGCAAUAUUUUAAGUACAAGCCUAGCAAACUCCUGGAAAUCUUCGCAGAAUUCAGAUCAAUCACAAACACUUUUGCAGUCUCUGGAAAAUUUUACAAAAAUGAUAUACUUGGAAAAUGAUACUAUUAAUUCCACUUUCUCAAAUAUCGAUUUGCAAGGAUAUCGCAUGAAACAAAAUCCGGUCAAAUUAACAUUUGAUGAAGUCAAUGUGACAGUCUCAAAACUGUCAAUAAAUGCUGAAGUUAUUACUUUAAAAUAUAAAACAAUGAGUUCAUUUCUCCCCAUGUCUUUUCCUAACCAUGAAAGUACUUGUGUCAACAGUGUGGUGCAAACAACUACAAUUUUAAAUACAACAGAAGCGGAAAGAAUUAACAUGACAUUUGCUUUGGUAAACCAAUCCAGUCGAACUCUCACAUUAUACUGCGUAUUUUGGGAUUUCACUAUUCAAGGAUGGUCAACUGAUGGAUGCCAGACCCUACCAUCAUCACCAACUAAAGCAGACUGCUCUUGUAAUCACACAACCCCCUUUUCAGUGCUUAUGUCAAAAGGACCGGUCAGCCUGCCCUACCUUAAUGAAAUAACCUAUGUUGGAUUGGGCAUUUCGAUUUGCUCCCUCAUAGUCUGUCUUGCCAUUGAGAGUUUGGUCUGGAGUUCAGUUGUUAAAUCGAACAUCUCUCAUUUCCGGCACACUGCCCUGGUCAACAUUGCAUUCUGUAUGCUAAUUGGCAACUGUUGUUUUGUAGGGGCCAAUUUCCGUGAUAAGAUCACAGAUACUUGGUGUUUGGCAUUCACCCUAGUACAGCAUUUUGCCUAUUUAUCCAUGUUUUUUUGGAUGCUUUGCCAAAGCAUGAUGCUUCUCCAUCAAAUCAUUUUCCUUUUUCAUCAACUAAGAAAGAAGAUCUACAUGGCCAUUUCCUUUCUCUUUGGUUAUGGUGCACCUGUAACAAUUGUUGCUGUUUCAUACGUGAUGUAUAAAGACCAAUAUUACAGAGUAGAUGACUGCUGGCUAACGUAUAAAAGUAAUAGUAACCUUGAUGGAUCCAUCUUCACAUUUGUCAUUCCUGUCGGAUCCAUUGUCAUUAUUAACAUCUUUUCCUUAUUUGUGGUUAUUGCAAAAAUACUGAGGCCUGCUGUUUCGGACAGUACCAAAUCAAAUGAUAAAGAAACCAUAAAAGGUAUUCUUAAAGCGAUCAUCAUACUGACUCCAGUGUUUGGGUUGACAUGGGGUCUGGGAUUCUUCACCAUGGCAUACGAUAAUAGCAGCAGCAUUGAGUAUAAAAUUGCCAAUUAUGCAUUCACCAUUUUAAAUUCACUACAGGGGCUAUUUAUUUUCCUAUGUGGAAUUUGUACAGAAAAAAAGGUUAGAGAAACCUUGCUAAAACUUGUGAACUCUAUGUAUGCUCAGACAACAACAUCAGAAAGUACAACUAAUUCAAAAGCAACCUUGUCUUUUUCGGACAAGUGACCUCAAUUGAACAGAUUACCAACUGAAGUUCUCUCCCUGGAAACCUGUGAAAGUAUAUCUGAACCUUCAGAGGCUGCCACAUUGUAUUUUAAGUUAUAUAUGUAUAUGAUGAUAUAUAUAUUCAGUCUAAAUAAACGCAUUUAUCCUAUA